AUCGUCAAAAUAUGAAGAACCCAGGUCCUCCUUCGUUUCUUCUCUCCAUGAUUUUCAUUUCUGUACUAGUAGAAACAGUAGUAGCAGAUCCAAGAUCUCACGCAGUUGAGCUCAGAUGCAAAACUACACUAGAACACAACACAACCAUCUUUGUCCCUCACUACAUAGCCACCAUGGAUAUCCUUGGCAACAAGACUGGAACUUCCGGUUUUGGAGUAGCAAAUGUGGGUUCAGGCCCUGACGGCUGCUAUGGCCUUGCCCAGUGCUAUGGAGAUCUUUCCUCCCUUGACUGCACUAUUUGCUUUUCCCAGGCUCGUAUUCUUAAUCCCAAAUGUUAUCCUCACAAUGGAGGCAUCGCCUACUUGGAUGGUUGCUUCUUGCGUUAUGAGAAUUAUAGUUUUUUCCAGGAGUUUACAGGCCCUGGAGACAAGGCUGUGUGUGGAAAUACAUCGCGAAAGGGAUAUGGAUUCCAGAAAUCGGCCAGAAAAGCUCUGUUGGAUGCAGCUGCAGCUGCACCAGACCAGGGAGGCUAUUCCAAGUCUGUGAUGCGUGUGCCAGGGUCGAGGAAUGAGUCAGUUUAUGUGCUAGCAAAUUGCUGGAGAACAUUGAAUAUAAACUCUUGCAGAGCAUGUUUGGACAAAGCAUUAGCCUCGAUGAUGGGUUGCUUGCCAUGGUCAGAAGGGCGGGCACUGUACACAGGUUGCUUCAUGAGGUAUUCAGACACAAACUUCCUGAACAAAGAACAGAGUGGUGGUCGAUCAAAAGGGUUUAAAGUAGCGAAAGUGGUUGCCAUUCUGAGUUCUGUGGCUGCUUUAAUAAUUGGGGUGGCUAUUGGAGUUCACAUUUGGAGGCACAGAAGAAUACAGAAGAAAAGAAGAGGUGCAAUUGAUGUGGUAAAAAUGGCAAAGAUGCUUCACGACAGUAGCUUGAAUUUUAAGUACUCUACGCUUGAAAAGGCCACCAGAUCUUUUAAUGAUACCAACAAGCUAGGUCAAGGAGGAUUUGGAACAGUUUACAAGGGAGUUCUGCCUGAUGGAAGGGAGAUUGCUGUGAAGAGGCUUUUCUCUAAUAACAGAUACAGAGCUGCAGAUUUCUACAAUGAAGUUAACAUGAUAAGUACCCUGGAACACAAGAAUUUGGUCAGGUUGUUGGGUUGCAGCUGUUCAGGACCAGAAAGCCUUCUUGUGUAUGAAUUUCUCCCCAAUAAGAGCCUUGACCGCUUCCUCUUCGAUCCAAGCAGAGGUAAAGCACUGAACUGGGAAAUAAGAUUUAAAAUAAUCAAAGGGACAGCAGAAGGUUUGGUCUACCUUCAUGAGAACACCAAUGUUAGAGUCAUCCACAGAGAUAUAAAAGCCAGCAACAUCCUAUUAGAUUCAAAGCUGCGAGCUAAAAUUGCUGAUUUUGGAUUGGCAAGGUCUUUCCAAGAAGAUAAAAGCCACAUCAGUACUGCCAUUGCAGGAACAUUAGGGUAUAUGGCUCCAGAGUACCUCGCCCGUGGUCAGUUAACAGAAAAGGCAGAUGUGUAUAGCUUUGGGGUCCUUUUACUAGAGAUUGUUACCGGAAUGCAGAACCGCAAAAACGAAACAUCUGAGUACUCUAAUAGUCUUGUCACUACUGCAUGGAAACAUUUCCAAAUGGGGACAGCAGAGAAGCUUUUCGACUCAAAUUUGAUGUUGCACAGCUACAAUCACAAUGAUGACAUCAAUGAGAUUUUAAGGAUAGUGCAUGUGGGAUUUUUGUGCAUGCAGGAGGUGCCUUCAUUGCGGCCAUCAAUGUCAGAGGCCCUACAAAUGCUGUUGAAGAAGGAUGAACAACUUCCUGCACCCACCAAUCCACCUUUUAUGGAUGUCAGGACAAUGGAGCUCAGUGACACAUGCAGAUACCAAUAUCCUCUUCCUAGUACUUCACUUUCAAUUGCUACUGUCUCCCAUAGCUCCUUUAAUCCCAGGUGACCUCAGAAGGGAAAUACAGAAAACAAACCUAUGCCGGUGCUUACAUGAGUGCAAGAGCCUGAGCAACUUGGAUAUAAACUUAUAAAGCUUGGACAACUUCAUUUAUAGGAGUCUGACAUGAAAAGGUUGAUGAGGUCUGGAUGAACUAAAUAAAGCUUUUUUAUUGAAGAGAAUAGCCGGGCCAGGCCAAUUUGAGGAAAAUUCUAACUGAUAAUAUUUGGCAGUGUAAAAAUGUAAGUAAAUUUUGUUGUACACAAUUCAUUCUCAAUUAAUUCACCGCAAUUGGA